UCAAAUGCAUCAUGGAGUGACCCGGGUUAGAGUGCAGGACGCAUCGCACUGAUGCUGUUCAGUAGAUUUAUCUUGUUAGUCAGCUAGUUAUUGGUAUCGAAAUAGCUCAUGACCGAAGUUCGACCCAAUUUUUAUUCAAGCUGAAGAACUGGUGAAAGUAUACGAACAAAAUGAGUUGUCUAUGGAUGGGCAAUCUGGAGCCCUACAUGGAUGAGAAGUUCAUCUCCCGCGCCUUCGCCACCAUGGGGGAGCUGGUGGUGGGGGUGAGGAUUAUUCGCAAUAAGAUGACAUGGGGCGCUGCGGGGUACUGCUUUGUGGAGCUGGCGGACGAAGCGACGGCAGAAAGGUGUCUCCGUAAGAUCAACGGGAAACCCCUUCCUGGAGCCACACCGCCCAAAAGGUUCAAGUUGAACCGCGCCACGUAUGGGAGGCAAGGGGACGGCAGGAACAGAGGGGGUCCCCCAGAUGGGCGCUGUGCUCAGCCGUACCCCUACGGUCACGGCCAGUACUACCAGCAGUACCCCAACUACUACAACAACUGGGGCUAUGAGCACAGCACCGCCAGCUACUACAACCAGUACGACUACAGCACACAGGCAUAUGAAGACGUUGAAGAUGACGGACUAGAGGAUCCCGGGGAGCAGCUGGACGUGACUGAGGCCAACAGGCAGUUCAUGGAGGAGAGCGAGGAGCUGUAUGAUGCCCUGAUGGAAUGCCAUUGGCCGCCCCGGGACUCCGCCCACCUCCCCAUCUCCCUUUAGCCCACCUCUGCUCGCACGUCACAUGACAUGACUCGCGUCUGAACGGUCCACUCAGUCUUAUCUAUAGGCCCUAUGGAAGGUUAAAGGUCAUUUUGAGCCAGGCUGGGCUGGCAUUCUGAACUCUCCUGGAUGACGUUCCUCUGCUUCCCUCAGAAUCUGCAGGAUUCUUUUCUCUUGCAUCUUUCGCUGCCCGUUUCGUCCUUGCCCCCCCACCCUUUCUUUGUAGGGGCUUAUGAGUAAGCAGCAGCUGUGAACCACGGACUGGUCUGGGGACACUGGUAUACACAAAGAAACUGCCCUGUAUACACAAGGAGUAAGGGAGGACCUCAGUGUGGACUGGGGAAUCUGAACAGAAAAUCCCUUCCUGCAACAGAAGAUUCUUUAGCAGCUUGUCUGUGUUUAAUUUCAGCAGGUCUGGGCUGUGCAUCUCUGUACACGCAGUGUGGAUCUUGUGGGAUUGGAGGACGUUCACAGAAAGGUGGCAGUCUGAUUCAGCUUGUUCUUUAUGUCCAGUAAACAUUAGCGCAUUCCAAGCCGACUCUCUCCUGAGGCAGAGUGCAGUGCGGAGUGCUUUUCUGCUGUAGAUACUCACAGCAGUCUAAACUACGGCAUUGCCAUUAUUGCACACACAUUUGUUUUGGUUACCCAAGGUGCAAUUUAAGUAGUGUUUGUGUUGAAUGUGUGCCGAACAUUGACUAGAGUACAUGUCCCCCCGAGUGCAUUUUUCACCAUAAAAUUUCAUCUCUUCGGAAUCACCGGAGAAUAUCAGUGAAAUAAAUGUACAGAUUAGUUACCUGUAGACCUUUCAGAACAAUUUCGCCAUCUUGUGUUAUUUUGCAAAAAAAAAAAUAAAGAAUAUUUCUCUUUU